AUUUCAACUUCACAUUUCGCUCAGUCCUAGUAGUGAGCUGUAUAAAAACAGCUGUGCUUUUCUUCUAGUUCAGUUAACCCAAACAGUGCCGAGAGCGUUCGUGAGUGCUCCAGACGCAAACAUGUUUGCGAAGGAGAUUUUAAUUUUCACGCUCGUGGGUUUCGUGUUCUCACAGCCUGAUCCGCCUGUGGAAGACCCAACGGUCCCACCAUCAACCAAUGGCAUCGCUCGGCUGGCGUCUAGCUCGCUGAAGGGGGUGGGCACCCUGCUGAACAGCGGGGCGCACGCGACGGCCUCCGGGGUGGAACUGACGACCAACUCGAUGGCGAACGGGGUGAAGACGCUGGGCGGCGCCGCUGACCUGGCCAACAAUGUCCAGCAGAUGAAGUUCGACGCCUUGCGGCAAGCCCGCCACGCGGCCGGUCGCUUCGGGGCGUCUCUCGCGGACCUAAGCAUGGGCGCCCUCACCGGGAUCUUGCGCAGGGGCGCUGAGGCCGUUGAUGCUACCAGGCGUGCUACUGAAUUCGUUCUCGGUGAAUCGGAUAAGGUCCAUGGUGCUAGCAAGAGGGUCGCCAAGUCCCUCGUGUCCAAUACGUCCGGCAGUUUUGUGAAUGUCCUCAACGGGGUUGGCAAUGUCGUCGAUAAGGGUGGAGAAGUCCGCGAAGAGGUUGCCGAUACUGCAGGCGCUAUCCAUGAUGCCAGUACCGAUUUGGUGAAAGAAGGGGUGCGAACUUGGAAAGACCUUGGUCUGUCGUCCAUAGGAAGCAUUAAAGCGGGCAUGCAGGAGGCAAGAAAAAGGGCCAGAGGAGGACAACUCCCAGAUGCAACCACCCAAAACCAGAUGCCCCAGACCCAGAGUCCAUCAGCGCCAACACCAGUGAAAGAGGAGCCGAAAAAACCAGCCGAGGAAACCAAACCGAAACCAGGAAGUUGGUUUGGAUGGUGAACUAGAUAUUCUAGUUUGAUCAAGUCGUUUUUUCGAAAUCUGUUCGGGAGUUUUUAAAACGUGCGGCGCUUUUUUUCUGCUUCGUCUCACGGGCAAUUAAUUGUUUUCAAGCAUGACGGGGGAGGGGGCAACAUAAUUAAAAGCAGUUUUCUAUUCAAUUGAGAUAAAAUAAAAAUGUUAAAUUUGUUCCUCUUCUUUGAUCGAAUAAAUAGAAUAUAUUCACAUUUUUUGGUUAACUGUAACAUUAUUGUAUAUGUAAGGUAGACAAUCGUUUUGCCAAGUUUAACUGAGUCACACCAACAAUCCUCGCAUUUUGGGAAAGAAAAUGAGUUUGGAGUACUUUUGAAUUCUAGUCGUGCAUUAUGUCCCGUUAAAAAUUCAAAGUUAUAAAAAGUUGAGAGAGAAAAAAGUUUUUAAAAUUUGUCUUUCACGUUGAGUCCCAUGGCGGAAGAAAACUUCAAACAUAUUUUUAUCAGUGAAAACUUGAUCUGCAACUUGGUGUGUUUCUGUUAAACUCGGUCCAGUUGAUGUCUCAAAGGAAGUUCCUAAAAUGUAUAUAACUAUAAAUUUACUAAUGAAGUUACUGUACAAUGAUUUAUAAAU